UACCAGAGGUCGUGCGGGGUCGUACGUUAUAUUUGUUUAUAGGUCAUCGGAGUGAGAGAAAACACUGCGGUUGGUGCGAGCUUCGGUGCAAAUUUUCCGUCGUCGAGAGGACAACCUCGGCUUGGCACGUCGUACAUGGAAUGGCACGCGACGCGGAGCAGCAUGCCCGAUAACCACGAGCGGCUGAGACGCUCGUCCGAUCUUGUCACGCGGAAAUCGGACGACAACAUGAGGCUGCAGCUGAUUGACCUGCCCGAUGUCUGCCUGGAGACGAUCCUGUCCAAUCUCUCCUACGACGAGAUCUCCAAAUACAGAAUCGUCUGCAGACAGUUCGACCGAAUCUGCAAGAAGCUACUGAACCGCGGUUUUAAUCUCAUGGAGAAGUAUCACGGGCAAUGUCUGCGCGCCGUGAAGAGCAAGCUGCCACGAAGGGAGUCCGAGCGAAGGAGCCAUCCCCUGGCGCGUCACUGCGAUAUCUUGACGGCGAUAGAAACGAGGAUCUCCAUGCUGUCGAUGACUUUUAUCAAAUACGUGGACCUGAACGUUUGCUGUUUUAUUCCCGGAAAGGUGAUUGAUGAAAUUUUUCGCGUUCUUCGAUUUAUACGAGAGACAAAGACACCGCCCAGGGCGCAUGAAAUACUACAGGAGCUGCGGGACAUAAGUAGCAUGGCGAUGGAGCACUUUGACGAGAAAAUUUUGCCAGACCUGAAGCACAACAUCUGCACGUCUAUGGUCGGUACCGUGAACUCGUACGACUUACCUGGUGGCGUGAUGAUUUCUCACAGUAGGAACAUAAGCAAUUCCGCACUGCCGCACUGCAAUAAUCACAGCUUGACGUGCUCGGAGAAGCUGAACGAGACUUUCAAGAAGAUUAACGAUCGCACGAGGAAGAACCAGAUAUUCUUCCUGUCCGUGAGAAACCAGAUGGGUAGGAUGAAGCUCCGGGUGCAGAAGCAGGACUACCUGAUACGCAUGCAGAACCUGAAGUUGCAGAAGCAGGCGAGGAGGAUGCACGAUCAGGACGCGCAGUUGGCCGAGAUGCGCAAGCACCUCGAGGAGUGGGAGCAAAAGAUGGUCGACCUGACCACUGAGCUGAGCCGAGCGCGCGAGGAGACUCAGGGGAAACCAGACUCCCUGGAGAACCGUAAGCGGAAAGCACACAUUGAUAUUAUCAACACUAACAGCGAGACUCCGAUUCAACCGACUAACGAUUUGCAAACGAAGAAGCGCAAGCUCAUAAUAGAGAGAAAAUCGUCGACCGACGCGCAGGACGUAAAGUUCAAAAAAUUCAUGUCGGAAUUGCUGGCGAAAAGCGCGUUGGACAGUUACUUCGUGAAUCCAUCGUGCUCGCGUUAAGUUUCGCUUUUUUUACAUUCAAGACACUUCUAAUACGAAAGAAUUUUUGCAGAAUUAUAUUGUAAUAAUCUUUGUAUGACACAUUUUGCAAGAGUUAUAACGAAGUAGAUAUUAUUAUAUAGCGAUGUCAACUUGAUACAUCUAAAUAUUUUUAAUUUAUAUAAACGCCCGUCUCUUUUGAAAGCAGUGACUUAUUAAAAGCUUCAAGCAGCAA